AUGACACCUGAAGAGUUGACGAGCGAGGAAUUGGGACCUAUUCUUGGCGUUCAAUGUUAUGGCACCCUUUGGAAAAAAUACAAGAAGAAGAACCGUCCAGCAACGUGGUCAAAGAGGUUCUUCGUUCUCAAAGAAUGCUUCUUAAUCUACUACUCUACCCGUUUCAAGAAAACAUUUCAGAAAGACAAGCGGAUCAACUUGCACCCAAAGGGCAUAAUUCCCCUCAUUGGCUGUUCGAUUGUUUGUGGUGGUGACGUGGGUAAGAAGCACUGCCUUCUCAUCGCCCAUCCACAAUUCCCGUCCGCCAUCAUUGUAGCGGCACCCGACUUCAAAACGCAGGAGGAAUGGCUGAAAGCUUUGAGAAAUGCAACAAAGAUAUCAUUCAAAAAUACUUUGGUGGGAGAGACGAUGAUUCGAGAGUUGGAAAGCAAAGGACAUAUGCUUUGCGAAGAAAAGAAGAGUUAUGAGGAGAAACUUGAGCAAGAGGCGAAAGCACGUCAAGAGGAGCACGAACGAGCUGCUGAAUUAGCACGCGUAAAGGCAGAGCUUGAAAACGAACGUGAGAAGCUCAUACGUACGACAAAGAAGCUCAAGGACGACUUCCAGAACGUCAAAAAGUAA